AUGAAGUAUUUACCGCUGCAAGAUUUCGAUGCCGUCACUGGCGCUCUCAACUUCAACACCCCUGAUUGCAAUGUCACUGGUGGAUGCGAUCUGUAUACAACGAAGUCGACCGGUUCCGACAAAAAACUAUACAAGAACAUCGACAAGGACCUAAGCUCACAACAUGCUGCGCUGCUGAAACUGGGCGCCAGCUUGUCCCCGCCAGACCGCGAAGCCAUGCUGGCAACGUCCCCCAAUAUGCAAAUGUUCUCGCACUCGAGCGCGUUUGGUCCCCUGUCGGAGCUCUCAAGUCGCCGCACGUUUGCCUAUCUGAUCGCGACGCUGAACGCGAGUCAUCAGCACUACGACUUCUCGCACGUCUUGAGACCCGGCGACUUCAAGAAGGAGAGGAAUUUGCGGCGGGUGAUGGGAAACCUGGACUCGAUCCUGCAGAAUGUCAGACCGCAUGUCGAGGCUCGCCCAAUCGAGCAGGCCACAUCUUCGGAGACCAAGCCGGUGUGGGGCCCACACUGCUGGUCCAAGAUCGAUAAGGAGAUGCGCCUGAAUGAGUGUACCGUCUUCAGCUACAACCCUGAUGUCGACCCAUUUGAGGAGGACGAGUCUGCAAUCUGGGCCGCUCAUUACUUCUUCUUCAACCGCGCAUUGAAGCGAGUCGCCUAUCUCUACGUGCGAGUCGUCCCUGUCGUUUCCUCACAAUCACCGCGCCUGCAACCGACGCUUUCCGGUUCUGUAAAGCGGACGCGGAGUACCCAUUUUGAUGCAUCGGGUGCAAACAAGCGCGCGAAGUACUGGCUCGGUAACCGUGACGCUGAGCUCGUGGCGCCCGACGAAGACGACGAGCAAAGCGACGGCUUCCUCUGGAAUCGGGGUGCCGACGGUGACUUGGUCCCGUUUUCUGACGAUGACUACACUGAAGAGCGCUUCUUCUACGACGAAGAAGAAGACGACGAGACCGAUUCCGACCCGAAGAGUCCGGUACGGCGCAUGAGCGAGGACGUCGUGGCCCACAUGGAGAUCUAA